ACGUCUGCUCUUUGCAGGAACGCGGCCAUUGUCGCAAACGUAACAAAACUGACCCAUGAAUCUUAAAAUGUCUCCUGACUCGAGUAUUGUGUAGAGAAAUGUGCGACCGACGUGACCGUUUUCUUCAUUCUUUUUCUUUAAAAAAAAAGAAACGACCCACUUUGGAAUGUGCGCAUCGAGUGAAUUCAAUUAGCGAGCAAUCUGGCGACAACGCUUUCUAUUUUGCCUGUAAUUUGAGCGACACACAUCGACACCAACAACAACAAAACAUUUAUCAUAAACACCAUCAUCAUCUUUUCUGAUCACUUUCUCUUGGCUGGUUGUCAUUACACAGGUGAAAACGUUGGUGAUACGCUGCUCCAAACAGACGUAAGAAAUUGAGAUAAAAACCGUGCAUAACGCGACAAUUGGUGUUCCUUUUUUGUUGUUUUCAUCUUCCAUGAAGCCACCUGCUGCUUUUUGCCGCCAAGAUGAACACGGUACGGGAACUCCCAAAAAGGCGCGUGCGUCCACCUAAAAUUAAGAUGCCAAGGGCAGCAGCCCCCAAUCAUUUCUUUGCAGUACGAAUAUCAGACUGUCAGAUCAUUCAAGCUGUGCACAAUGUCCACAGCACCAUUUUGGAGCAGGAACCUGUUCUCAAGCAGACCCUCGUGCCUCCAUCAACCCUCCACAUCACGCUGGCAGUUGCACACCUGUCCACCACCGAGGAUGUGGUCAAGGCCAAUCAGGUAUUGCAAGAGUCCAUGAGGGUUUUCUCAGCCAGAUUGCAAAGCCCUCAGUUGGACAUUCAUUUGGCGCAGAUGGGGCAUUUCAACAACAAAGUCAUCUACGCCCGUAUAAAGGAGGAAAGCGACGGAGCGGAGCAUCUCAAUCAGCUUUGGAAAUCGUUGCGCGAUGGUUGCCAAACCGCAGGCAUUUCGUUAAUUGACGGAGACAGAUUCACACCGCACGUAACUCUCCUGAAAAUGUCCAAAGACCCCAGACUCAGGCGUAAAGGGAUCAAGGCUGUGGCCUCCCAUUUGUACGAGAAACACCUUGAUUGCGUAUUCGGUCGACAGGUGGUUGAGAGCGUUCAGUUGCUGUCGAUGACAGACCCCAAGGACGAUGAGGGCUACUACGCUCUGAAAGGUGAAUUCCAUUUCGUAGUAGAAAGCGUUCCGCGGUUGGAGUUGAUAGAUGAUGUUGGUGAAAAAUGCACAAGCAGUACAUUAAAUCCACCUAAAAGCCACGAUGCAGGGUUUGCACCUGACAACGAUCGAGAUUAAAAUUGAUACGACUUGCUACUGUCAAUCACCUUUCCCUUAGGUGCUUUUACGGAAAAUGUGACACCAAUUUGGACUUAAACAGCGACAGUUGCCCUCAUGAGUCACGUGAACGUCUUGGCGUAACGAAAAAUUUAAUCAGUUGAAUUACUAGACGGAUAUUUUGUUUUAAAGCAUUCCUUUCUUUAUACAGUUCAUCAUAAACUCGGCAUAUUUCCUAAGUUACUUCAGGUCUUUUUUUAAAUGUUAAUAUACAUGUAAUAAAAAUACUAGUGACUA